CUGCCCGGUCCGAGACUGUCGGCGCCCCGCUGCCCGUCGCACGGCCCCGGCCCCGAGCCCGAGGACGACAUGCUGGAGCACCUGAGCUCGCUCCCCACGCAAAUGGAUUACAAAGGCCAGAAGCUGGCGGAACAGAUGUUUCAGGGCAUCAUUCUUUUUUCUGCAAUAGUGGGAUUUAUCUACGGGUACGUGGCGGAGCAGUUCGGGUGGACGGUCUACAUAGUGAUGGCUGGAUUUGCCUUUUCGUGCUUGCUGACGCUUCCUCCGUGGCCCAUUUACCGCCGGCACCCCCUAAAGUGGCUACCAGUUCAAGACUCUUGCACAGAGGACAAGAAACCGGGGGAAAGAAAAGUUAAGAGGCAUGCUAAAAAUAAUUGAUGGUUGAUAGGGCUCUUAUGAUUCAGGUUUGCUGUCACACCUGCUUUUGUUGCCUGAAGUGAAAUAAAUUGCUUUCAUACCCCAAAAAAAAAAAAAAAAAAAAAA